AUGUCACACUCCAGCACAACACUCACCAAACAACAGCGGAUCCAAGUCUGGCGUGAGGAGGUAGCGGCCUCGGCUUCUCUAUGCACGUGUCCGCCGUCCUCCCCAGCCGCCUCCGCCUCCUCGACAAACAUCUCCCUGUCCGCGGCCUCCUCCUCGGCAUCAUCCUCCGCCUCCUCUCCGGGAGCAGGCGAUGCCUUCACCUUCCCCCGCAGCGACAUCCUGCCUGGGCAAGGGACCUACUGCCCGACGUGCUCGCGCCUCGGCGCCCCGUCGGCCAUGGGCCUCGAACCUUCGUCUGCCUACCUCGACCAGACGCAGCCCGGCGGAGGAGUCCCCGGCGGCCACAUCGCCCCGGGCAUCUUCCGCACAAAGACGGCCAACCACGCACUUUUCCGCGGCAUGCGCAACUUUGUCCGCAAGCUCAGCGGGAGCAGCAGGACAGGCGGACCCAUGCCGCCCUCUGGCGCCGAUGACGCUACCAAGAUGUACCGACGCGCGACUCUCGCCGGCUGGCCCACUGCCACCAACACGGCAGCAACCGCUGCAGCAGAGGAAGCAGUGGCCGACGACGGUGACUGCGCUGUCGACGAGGCGGACUCGGAAGGGCGAGGCCAUGUGCCGAAGCUGAUUACGGAGAAGCAGGCGAGGCUCAGGAGAGCCGAGAGGCUCCUCGCGAGGACACAUGGGACCCGUUAG